UAAAAUAAGUCCAAGACUCUUCUCCUCUGAAUACUUACACCAAUAUUUUUUAAAGCUAACACCCAAGAAUCCAUUGUGUCAACUAUGUGCACAAAGCUUGUUCUUCCUUUUCUUCUAAAAGACCUCAUGAAAUGAAGAUUAUUAAGAAAAUGGCAUAGUCUACUUACAGUACUUCUGAAACAGGAAGUUGGAAUGUAUCAAAUGGAAGAUGAAUUGAAGUCAAUUUACUAGUCAGCAGCAUGUGGUCUUAGAGGACAGGAAAUGAUCCUUCCAGAGAGAAUCUGAUUGGACAAAAAAUGUCAUCCAUCUAGUGCAAGAUGAGUCGUGGUUAUUUUUCUCUGUUUUCCCCAGAAAAGAAAGAUUGUCUUUUUGUUUAAUGUGUAUUUCUGCUCAAAGUGAAUUCUGUCAACAUUUGCGAAAGCAGUUGGAUAGAGAUCAUCUCAAAGCAAACACAGAUUGGUGUUUUUAUUUUUUAUGAUUUUUUGUUUGUUUGUUUUUGACAUACUGUUGCACUAUAUCUAUGCACAAAAUCAAUUCAAUAGACAAUUUUGUGUCUACGAGCCCUUACAUAAGUAAAAAAAAAAAAAAAAAACAGGCUUCUGUUCUGUGCCAGCUUGGAAAGUAAAUCUUUUGUCUUUACAACAUAAUAGUGGGAGAUUAUCUAACAAUCAUGAACACUUACUCUCUGAGUGACAUGCUGUGAUCUGUGACCUCUCUAAUGGAUUUUGUACUUUGGACACCAAGAAUCCUUCACAUAUUUAUAGACGACCGAGAGGAACGCAGCAGUGCAUGCCGACUCUAAAUUCAUCAUCAUGUUUCAUCUACAGAAUAUCGUUGCCUUCAUGAUAAUCUCUGCCUUCAUUUGUCAGGCUCAAGCUGGUGGUCAACGGUCAUCAGGUACAGCUAAAGUCACAUUACAGCCGUGGCUGGUGGGACUGACAGCCGUUGCUGUUUUCCUCUUUAUUGUCUUCGUCCUCCUCAUCGUGAAAAGACUCUUUUUCAAGAAAGACAAAGCUGAGCUAGAAGAAAAUCAUUCAUUUUAUGAAAACAAAGCAGCUGAUCUGGAGGCAAAUGAGGAGACCAAGCAGACCUCUUUCUAAUGAGAAGAACAGAUCAUCACAGUCCUGCGGCACACAAAUCUUUCUCUCUCUGGAAAUGAUGCCACAACUUUGUGCUGAGUCAUUCUUAUCUAAUUAUAUACUGUCUUAUGUAAUAUAUAUUUUUUAACUUAUUAAUUUUGGUCAAAGUUUUGUUUUGUUUUCAUAAGUGUUUUUCUAGUCACAGCUUUAAACUAAAGUUAAAAUAAAAAAAGGUUAAAAUAAA